ACAAGCUGAUUAAAGUGGAGGAAGAAAAGAGAAGGAAGCCGAAAUGAAACAAAUUGAAAUAAAACUGAAAAGAUUGAUUUUUUACCUUGAAAGAACCGGACGUCCGCCAAAAGUAAGGGUCGUGUACAGCACAGAAAAUGUUAAAUAAGUUCGUGUAAUUAUUAGUAUCGAAUUAUUACAGAAUUAUCACCAAAGAUCUAACAAAGUGCGUGACAUCGGUUCUACAAAAGACGGACACGAAAUGCAGAAUGACUAACACAAAGAAGGGAGAUAGGAUCUUUUUCACCAGCUGGAAACUUCAAAUGACUCGUAUCUUCUGCUCCCCGUUUGCCUAUCAAGUUAUUGUAAACCAGCUUGGGCAAUGUGUAUUUCACAAAUUUGCGAUUUUGCGCGAAAUCGUUUUGUUGAUUGGCUCAGUGGCUCUCACAUGACCACAACAACCGCAGUGAAAUUAAAAUCAGCUCUCUGUUUUAUAUUUCUAAAGCGGUUGGCGGGGUCGCUGUUAUUAGAACAGAACGAUAUUAAAUACAAAUUAUCAAUGUUCUGAGCGGUAUUUCGGGGGCGUUCGCGAUCAGUGGAAACCCUAUCGUGUGUAACAAGUCGACCAAGCGAGGCGAGUAAACUACAAAGGCUCAAUCAAUGUCCUGCAGCGGUCUGCGGUUGAACAAGCGAAUCGUGACAUAGUCUAUACAUUGUAUCGUUGCUCAUUGCAUGCCUGGCUUUAUCAUCAGAUCGGAGUAACAGUGCUGUGAUAUAAUAUUACAUGUACAAGAGCCUGAUUUAGCAGCAUUUGAUUCGAGUUGAAGAUUGAUAGCCAUACCGUCAUCUGUGGGACGCACAGAUAUCUGUAGUCUUACACGGCGCGGAAUCGUCCAGCUAGUUUAGCCAAAAUUCUGUUUGUUUACACUCUUAGUUACAUGCGCGAUCGACUGAGCUUUAUCGCACUCCUGAUGACAAAGUGAGGCUGGCCGGGUAGAGCGGGGAAUCUUUCAACUUUUAGCAUGAUGUGUGGGCAGCCUGGUUUGAGUUGACCAAAAAGUAUGGCUAAACAAUGACUUUAUCGUUCGCCCAGGUCGAACAGUGGCUCGAUGACCAUCCAGAACAGGCUGAGGAAUACUUUGUGCGUAAAGGCACUGUGCGUAUGGUUCAUCUAUGGAAUGAAGCGAGAGAAGAGUGUACCGAUGUCUUCGACACGAACUCUGAGCUCAUUAAGAACUGCGAUCAACAAAAUCUUGGACCAAAGAAUUUUCGUUUCAACGACACGGUGGACAUUAUAAAUUCGAACGAUGUGGAAGCGGGUGAUUCAGGAACUCGGCCAUCACCUAUAACGCGCAGGUAUUCCGAACCGCAGCGCCAAGGGCAUCCGAAGCGACAAUUCAGCAUAGGUUAUGGAGGAAAACAGUUUUCAAGUAAAUCAGUAUCUUCCAGUUUUGUUGAUUCCCUGGAUUUAAGUACUUGUGAAAUUCGAGAGGAGAACACGAGGCGAGUGAGAAGUCCACGACAACUUCGGAAAACGAAAUCGCUGCCGAAUUGCGGACAACAGCAUGUAUUGGGGGCGCUAAUUGAGUCAAAAAUUCGCUUACCGUCUCCGAUAGGCUUGAACGCCGAAACAAAGCUAGAUUUAAAAAACAGCAAUGAAAGGCAAUUCUUCUUCGAGAUUGUGCGGGACAUAGCGAACGAUCUCGACCUGACAACUCUGAGUUAUAAAAUACUAGUCAAUGUUGGGAUUCUAACGAAUGCUGAUCGCUGCUCAUUGUUUCUUGUGGAGGGACCUAAAGGUAAACAGUCACUGGUUUCAAAGGUUUUUGAUGUGCAAGUCGGCGGGCCGAAUUCGCCAUCUAAAGAUUUCAUCAACCAGCAACGAGAGAUUCGAGUGCCUUGGGGCAAAGGACUUGUUGGCUACGCGGCAGAAACCGGAGAGACAGUCAACAUCCCCGAUGCGUAUGCGGACCCACGCUUCAACAAAGAGGUUGACCGCCAGACUGGCUACCACACUAAGAGCUUACUAUGCAAGCCUGUGAAGAACAAUGAAGGAGAGGUUGUUGGUGUAGCCCAAAUAAUAAACAAGAUCCCUGGUCCUGUACCUUUCACUCAAGAGGAUGAGGAGGUCUGUGAAAUGUAUCUGACAUUCUGUGGAAUAGGUAUCACCAAUGCCAAGUUGUUUGAACUUUCAGCAAUUGAAUUUAACAGAAAUAGAGCUUUGCUUGAGCUUGUACAUGACAUCUUUGAAGAACAGACAUCUCUGGAUAAAGUGGUGCAUAAAAUCAUGAGACGGGCUUUGUCAAUGUUAAAAUGUGAAAGAUGUUCUGUUCUGCUGUUGAUGCACCCAGUUCUUGGUAACAGUCUAGCAGAGGAUAGAGCACAGGAUUUAAGAAUAACUAAAGUGUUCAACCUGCGAGUGUCUGGAAGCCGGAAUAGUAAUAGUACUAUUUACAGUGAAGGAAGAGAUGAUGGUUCUUUCACUACGAGAAUAGCUAAACUAGUUGCUUCGACUGGAAAGACUCUCAAUGUUCCUGAUGCUGCACAAGAUCAGAGGCUGAAGAGAAUACUUUCCAUGAGCACUGACAAUGGUGUAGAUGCUCGUCGUCCAAUACUGUGCAUGCCAAUUAGAAACAACAAGUUUGAGAUCAUUGGAGUAGCUCAAUUGAUUAGCAAACUGAACAACAAACCAUUUGACGAGAGUGAUGAAACACUGUUUGAGGCAUUUGCCAUUUUUUGUGGCCUAGGUAUUCACAACACAAUGAUUUACGACCAAAUGGCGAAAGCCAAAGCCAAGCAACAAGUAGCAAUUGAGGUGCUGUCAUACCAUGCGGCUGCGAGAAGAGGAGAAAUUGAAAGACUGAAGAACACGCCUGUACCUAAAGCUGAAGAAUUCAAGGUGGAUAGUUUUCAGUUUGAUGAUUUCUCACUGGAGCCAGACCAGAUGCUUCAAGCUUCACUUAGGAUGUUUAUCGAUUGUGGCUUCAUUGACGAAUUUCACAUAGACUAUGAGGUUCUUUGUAGGUGGCUAUUAACAGUGCGGAAGAAUUAUAGGAACGUCAUUUACCACAACUGGAGACACGCCUUCAAUGUGGCACAGUCAAUGUUUUGUAUGCUCACGACUGGAGGCAUGAACAAGUUUAUGAGUAAUCUGGAAUGUCUUGGAUUGAUUGUUGGCUGUUUGUGUCACGACUUGGACCACAGGGGGACAAACAACGCUUUUCAGACCAAGACGGACUCGCCGUUAGCCAAGCUUUACACGACCUCCACUCUAGAGCACCAUCACUUUAAUCACGCUGUGAUUAUUCUCAGCACAGAGGGCCAUAACAUUUUCCAAAAACUGAACGCUGAUGAGUACAGACAAGUUAUAAGUUACAUAAAGCACUCGAUUCUGUCGACGGAUUUAGCUGUGAAUUUCAGGCAACGAUCAACCUUCUUUCCUUUGGUCGAGAGAGGAGAACUGGACACUAGAAUCCCGGAUCACAGAGACAUGCUCAAGGCGAUGAUGAUGACUGCCUGUGACCUCAACGGAACUACAAAACCAUGGGAGAUACAGAAAGAGGUUGUCCAUCUGGUGACAAGCGAGUUCUUCCAACAAGGAGAUCUCGAGCGAACCACGCUAAAUGUGGAGCCCUCGGCUCUUAUGGACAGACAGAAAGUUGACGAACUGCCUGCCCUCCAAGUACAGUUUUUUGAAACAACAGGAAUUCCCGUAUUCAAGUGCUUGGCUACAUUUAACCCAAAGAUAAGUCCUCUCCUUUUCGGCGCAGAAUCCAAUAAAAACCGCUGGGUUGAACUGGAGAAGGAACGACAGGCGCGGCAAAAGGACGAAGAGGACAAACAGCAGCUGGUCACGUGACAUUAAAAGUGGUCGCAUCGCGUCUCAAUCGUCUUCGUGACUCCACAGGAAAAUGGUCGAAAUCAAUCGGUACUCAAUCGGAAUUCAAUCGGCUUAUCUUCAAAAGCUACGAACUGCUUCAAGGUGUAGUAGGGUAUCAGCCACUGAGAACUGGACAUUCACAGUCCAGUGGCUUCGUCGAAUCAUUUCUUCAUUUGCGAGAUGCUGACCACCAGCUCCAUCUCGGUCUACGCGACCUUAUGAGGGCAAGGGGAGUUAGAGGUCAUGGGAAUUAUUGAAACUUAGGAGGGGACCAUAUUUUAUAUUUAUCUUUAGAGGGGGAAUACAUAGUCGCAUUAUUGUAUUUUUUCUACGAAAAUUCAUCAUCGAUAAACCAAUUGAUUAGGUAGACAAUAGAAAAAAUUGAAUUACUUCUUAUCAAGCCUGAGCGACGCGCCACUUUCAAUUCAAGUUGGAUAAAAGUUGUAAAGUAUACUUCAAAAUAGUUAUUCCAGAAGCCGAAUAUAUUCCUUGAAAGCCUUUGAACCAAUAGUACGGUUUCUCGCCGUUUUCUCGAUUUCCGUUUAAUACUGUGUGACUUUGCCUUGUCGUUGCCUUUCUAUAUAAAUGAAUUAUAAAAACCAGUGUAGCCACUGUGUUCUGAAGAAUAUUAAAGGAGCUACAUCGCGGAGAAUACUUCUUGAACAGUUCAGCGAAAGCUCUCAAGUUCGCCAUAGAUAAUCCACCUCAAUCUUCCCCAAGCCUAUCCAUCCUUGUUCCUUUCUGUUGUAUGAGUUCGUGUUUAAGGUUUUUCUAUCUUAGUACGCUAUUGAUUAUAGGUUGCCACAGAUUUAAAGGUAAUUUUGUACACUGUAAAAAGUGACCUAAUCAAGAGAAGAUGAAGAGUAAGCGAAGAGAGUAAAUCCCUCUCAAGUUAUUUUUGGACAUGGUUCCCAGUUCUUCCGCGCGGAUAAUGUUACCACGCGCUUUACGUGGAUGUUUUUGUGGGAGAUGAAAACGCGUGUAGAGCCGCGUGAGCUGUCCACGCGUGCAAUAUUCCCGCCCAGAUUCGCCAAUUUCUAGACCCCCCUGGGAUUUCCUAAGCUGGGAGUGGUCUAAAAAUAACUUGAGAAGCUAAAACUAAGGCCUUUAUGGAAGACUGACCAACUUAGCCUUCAUCCUCUCUUGACUAAAUACAUCAAGGCAUAACUCGUAAUAUAUUAAAUGAUAGUUUAACCUCUCAGACGGCUAGCAUGCUUAUUAAGAAUGUAAAUUUUAGUCCCCACCAAUUUAAUAUCGCCCUUAGUUAAUAUCUUUACAGCGACAGUUUUACUGUAAUAUUCGUUAUCUGGAAAGUUUAAAAAUAGUAUACUGGUGGUAUUUUACCUUAUCCGCCAUGAGUAGCGUCUGGCUGACUAGCGUAACAAGACUAUCUUCAGGGGAACUUAUUUUAUUACCGUUGUGAAAUCAAGAUUGAAAGAUUUUUUUUUUAUAUAACGUGGCUUACACGGCGUGUGAAUCAGUGAAAUGUAUCUUCCUCGAUAAGUUACUUAGACGCCUCUUAAAAUUGGGAAUUGCUUUAUUUGUUAUACAGUCGUUUGGUGUGUCUACCGAAGGCAGUGUGUAAUUAAACUGCCAGAUUCGUGGGUGCCCUCGCAGGUCAUUUGUUAGUAUUCGUAGUCCAUACUGCUAGUAAAACUUUGUGGGUUGUCCAUAUUUUUAUUGAAGUUCCUUUAGUGAUUGCAGUUAGAAAGACCCAUUCGAAAAAUGGUUCAUAUCAAUGCAUUAAAAUCUCUGCCCUUUUAACAGUAUAUCAAAGCUCUUUUAAAUAGAAAGUAACCUAAAAUUAACAGCUUUUGGGAAAGGAAAACAUCAAAGAAGUACUUAUUAGCCAAAAAAAAAACCACAAAACACAGGAGUGCCGUGGUUGAAAUUUAGAAGGUUGGGAACGACUCAUAAAAUUUAGACAGUCUUCUCAGGCGUAAUUCGUGACGUAGGAAGGCACCAUUUUCGAAUGGGUCUGUAAACUCUCACGACCCGAAAAAGACCCCUCGGUAUAUUACGUUAGUCUUGCGCGUUGCUAUGGUAACCACAAAGUUGCAGAAACCUGGGUAUUACAGUCAUGGUAGCUCAAGGUUGACGUUUAACUCAAGCGCUUUAACUUAGUUCUUGUACAGUUUGUUGGUAAUUAAAUUUCAGGGCGAGGAAUACUAGACUACAACUAGAAAAAAAAAAGAAUGAUAAUUUUUUUGAUUAGGCCGAUCACAAUAUUUUACAAUUGUAAAUACGGUAUACCAUAGUAGCUCUAUCUAAUAUAUUUAUUAUUGUUGUUGCUCAUACAUCCCUUAACCAGACCGGAAAUACAGUCACAAUCGAACUCU